AUGAGUAGUUCGAAUUUGAUGAGCGAUCAUCUUGUGGAUAUUUCAACGACAUUAUCGUCUCGAGACAAACGCAAAGACAGUAAUUUUUUAAUCGCUACACUAGGGAUUCAAUCCUAUGGAACAAUUAUUUUCGGACGGAAUCAAUCUAAUCGAGCGAAUUUCAUUCGCGUACCAGCCAAUGCACCUCCGACAUAUGUCAAACAGUUACUUGUUCGAAAAUGUGACAAUAAACGUCCAUCAUUGGUCAUCUCGAUAACUGGCAGUUCAAGAGAAUACGGUAUGAAGUCGAAACUAUUUCGAAUAUUUCGGAAAGGUCUUCUGAAAGUCGCCAAAACCACUGAUGUUUGGAUUAUUACUGGUGGUGUUAAUACAAGUAUAACGAAGUUAAUCGGGGAGAUCAUUCGUACAAAUCCAGAUCCAUCUCGACCAAUUCAUCUAAUUGGAAUUGCACCUUGGGGAUGCAUAUCUGGUGUUGAACAACUAGAUGUACAUGGAACGAAUGUAAUCUAUGCGAAGUCAAUGACCGAUGAGAACAAUGAAACACCUCUUGAACCUAAUCAUACUCAAUUUAUAUUCAUUGAUAACGGCACGAAACAUCAAUACGGCGUGGAAACGGAAUUUCGUACACAAUUCGAAAAGUGCAUAUCUGGUGAAGCAUUCAGUCUGCAGAAUAAUCAAAGUGAAGAGAUGUCGACAAGUUCCUACCCACAAUUAGAUAGUGUUCCAGUUGUCCUUCUGGUGAUCGAUGGUGGAUUUGAGACAAUACAAAAGGUACACGAAAGUGUCAUGAGAAACAAAAUUCCCGUUGUGAUGUUAGAAGGUACAGGCGGAUGCUGUGAUCUAUUUGCUAAAUGUUACCAUUUGUAUAACGAACAUCGGCCACGAACACGAACAUCUCAAGACACCAAUUCUAAUCCAUUACCAGUCUCCGAACAAAUGAAAGCAAAACUCCGGGAAAGGUUACGCGUAGUCUAUGAUGAAUACAAUCUUCAUUUAUUAGGCGAUAUGAAUGAACAUCUCGAUUAUUUUCAAAUGAUCUAUGAAUGUAUUGAUAGUCGAAUGAUCUUUUUAAACUUUAUUAACUUUAAAGCGCACAGUCACAUGGAGAAAGAUGUUGACUUAGCGAUUCUACAAGCAUUGCUGAACGCGACGAAUUCGAGUGAGGCGAAUGUGGAACAAAAACUCGAACAGUUAAAUUUGGCAUUCGAAUGGAACCGAGUUGAUAUUGUUACAAGUUUUAUCAUGAAAACGGAUCGAGACUGGAUGAAAAUUAAUCUGAGUGAUUUGUUUUAUAAAGCAUUGAUCAGAAAUCAAACGAGUUUUAUUCAACUAUUUCUUGAACAUGAUUAUUCACUCAACGAUUUAUUUCAAAAUUCCAAUCAACUUCUAACUCUCUAUCAAAACGAAGAUUAUGUGUUUAAACAUAGUUUUGACGAUCCACUACGAACGAUUUAUAAGGAUGUUAUUCAACCACUAAUUGGAGAUUUCUUUGAAAUUGACGCGGUAUUUUCUCCACAUAAAAUACCUCAAACUUUAUCAGAAUUGAACACGACGAUCUAUAUACCAACGGCGAAUACGAUCGAUGUGGAAAAAGAGCUAUUUCUCUGGGCGAUCUUGACCGGCAAACAAGAACUAGCGUUAUUGUUUUGGUCUCGAGGAAAGAACAAAGUUUGUGCGGCGUUGAUCGCGACGUUGUUGAAUAAAAGCAAAGCGCAAAAAGAAAAGGAUUCACGCUAUGACGAAUGGGCGAAUCAAUUCGAAAAUCUCGCCGUACAAAUCCUUGAGAAGUUCUAUCGUGUUCAUCCAUCGGAAUGUACCAAAGCGAUCAUACGAGAAAUUCCACAAUUUGGAAAUGUUACUUGGUUACAUCUGGCCGUUAUGGCCGAAGCGAAAUUAUUCAUCGCACAACGAGCAGUACAAGAUGUUCUCAGUAGCAUUUGGUAUGGGUACAUUGAUCAUCGAAUUGGAAAAAUGAAGAUCAUAUUUUCAACUUUUAUGAUUUGGUACAGUGGAUUUCUUCCUUAUCAUAACGAAAUGGUGGAGAUUAAUCAUAGUACAACGUUUAGUAAAGGUUCGACGCAUACGUCGAGUUUUAUUCGGCACGAUGUGUCAAGACUAGUUUUUCUGGUGGAUAAGCAAACAGGUAAAGCUCAAUGCAAGUUAAUCGAAGACAAAAAGAACGAAGAACAAGAAUGCGAAGAUGCAUCUUCAACAGCGACGUCGAAAAAAAUGAUUCGAUAUUGCAGCAAUGUCUCGAAGUUUUUCGCUGCGCCCUAUGUGAAUUUUCUUUACAACUUAUAUUCACAUAUCGUAUUUUUAAUGUUGUUUUCUUACGUAAUGCUGUGCGAUUUCUUUCCGUUAUACGAUUUUCCAUUGCAUAUAUGUAUCACUGGACUGAAUGAUACGAACUUAGUGGAUCCGAAAAAUGCUAGUGAGUCUCAACAGUAUAGUCUUCAAAAACGGUCUCAACCAUCGAUAACUGAGCUGGUCUUAACGUUCUGGAUGUUCACUAUUCUAUGCGAAGAGAUUCGGCAAAUAAUCGGCAUGGAAUUGAAAAGUAUCCAAGGAAAAAUGUUGGGUUAUAUCUCGAUUUUUUGGAAUAAACUCGAUGUUCUGAGCGUUCUUCUCUUCUUCAUUGCAUUUUUUCUUCGAUUUUAUCAAUCGAGUAGUUGUUUUUGUGCAGCGAGAAUCAUUCUCGCGAUUGAUUUAUCUAUUUGGUACAUUCGAACAUUGGAUAUAUUCUCUGCAGUGAAAAAACUUGGACCGAAACUGGUGAUGAUCGGAGAAAUGGUUCAUGACAUGAAGUUUUAUAUGGUGAUGUUAAUAGUCUUCAUCUUGGCAUUCGCUGUUCCAGCGUAUAGUCUAAUGUACGGCGUGGAUAAAUUCACUUGGGAUUUGCCUCGAAGCAUCUUAAACAUGGCGUAUUGGGAAAUUUUCGGCGAAUUAACCAUUCUUGACGAAAUCGAAAGAAAUUACGAUAUCAGUGGAUACGUUGUUUUCAUUUUGUUGAUCGCCUAUAUGACAAUGACCAGUGUUCUUCUGAUAAAUCUUCUAAUUGCGAUGUUCAGCAAUACAUUUGAUCGCUUACAAGCUGACACAGAUUGCAUAUGGAAAUUUCAACAUUAUUCACUAGUUUGUUAUCAUUUAACUCGUCCAACGCUGCCACCGCCAUUGAUUUUCAUAUCGCAUAUAUGGCGAUCGAUUGUUUAUUUGUUCGCACGGUAUUCUCACAUACAAUGGUUCCAUCAAAAACAUAUCCAGUUGAAAGACAAGGAGAAAUUUCGAAUUGUGACUGAUGCGAGAGUAACGCGAAACAUCGAAGCGAUCGAAGAUGCGUUGGGCAAUGAAAUUUAUUACUUUUUUUCGAAGAUCGAUCGCAAACAAAUGGAUUAUCGAACGGAUUUUCAUGAAGAACGAAUACAUUCGCCUCAGGAAGUUGUUCUAAACAAAAUCCAAACUCUCGAAAGUCGAAUCCGAACGAUUCAAUAUCAACAAGAUGAAAUGUUCGAAUAUUUUCAAUGUUUAAUGAAUGGGAUUAAAAAAAUAGGUGGUGAUGAAAUCGAAAUGCCAAAACGAACUCGUUCGAAUUCCGGAUUCAUCUGA